AUGGCAACAGCAUCAAGGUUCCAAGCAUUCUUGAACAGUCCGGUUGGCCCAAAAACAACUCAUUUUUGGGGUCCUAUAGCUAACUGGGGUUUCGUUGCUGCUGGUUUGGUGGAUAUGCAAAAGCCUCCGGAAAUGAUUUCUGGAAACAUGUCCUCAGCCAUGUGUAUUUACUCUGCGUUGUUCAUGAGAUUUGCGUGGAUGGUGCAACCACGCAACUAUCUACUACUUGCCUGCCAUGCUUCCAAUGAGACUGUUCAGCUCUAUCAGCUCUCUCGUUGGGCUAGAGCCCAGGGGUAA